AUGGAGAAAUCUGUUCAAACCCCUCAACCUCAAAGCCCUUCUUCCUCCAUCUCUACCAUUUCAUUUUCUUUCUCAUCCCACACCUCUGUGCCUAAACUUGAUGAACCCAAGCAAAGGAAUGCAGGGAAACGCAAAGCAAGGACUGCAAAUGCCGACGCCCCUUGUGUCAAAGUAAAGAAGACCUCCAACUUCAAAGGAGUGACCAGGCACAAAUUGACAGGUAGGUUUGAAGCCCACCUAUGGGACCGAACCAGCUGGAAUGGAAGGAAAAACAAGAAGGGAAGACAAGUCUAUCUGGGAGCUUUCAAAGAUGAGGAGACCGCCGCCCGUACCUACGAUCUCGCCGCUCUCAAGUACUGGGGACCCCAAACCAUCCUCAACUUUCCUGCGCAAACGUAUGCGACAGAAUACUAUAUGAUGCAUCAAAUAUCAAAGGAAGAGUGUGUAGCCUCUCUAAGGCGCCGGAGCGAUGGCUUCUCAAGGGGAGUCUCAAAGUAUCGUGGGGUUGCUCGGCACCACCAGAACGGGCGGUGGGAGGCCAGGAUUGGCCAUGUCGGCGGCAGCAAAUACCUCUACUUGGGAACCUUCGAUACUCAAGAGGAGGCAGCACAAGCCUACGAUAUGGCUGCCAUUAAAUACAGAGGCAGCAAAGCAGUCACCAACUUCGACGUUGGCCGCUAUACUCAAAACCCUAGUUUCCCACAGGCCCAAUCAUGUCCUGCACCUCCCUUGGAGCUGUUCCCAGAGCUAACUCAGCCCCAGCCCCAGCCCCAGCCCCAGCCUUACUUCUUUGACCCUGCCGACUUCGUCACCCCACACAACCUCGUCCCCCUCCAAGUUACUGAUACCGUCGCUGAGAUCCCUCUCCUCGACGGCACAUCCGGCCUCCCCUUCGAUCUCACCGAUGGUGAUGCCUUCGCCGAGCUGUACACUGGCUUCGACGUCGCCACCUCUCACAUGGAUGUUGAGAGUAAGUUGUUUGACAGUGAUUUAUGGCAGACCUUCGAAAGCUUCUUGAAAGAGAUGGAAGGUGAUGAUGCUCUUCUAAGCGUUGGAGGAGCUAGUAAUAAUGAGCCAAAAGCCUGUUGA